GGAAGGAGGGGAAGAAGAGAGGCGCAGGGCUCAUGGGCUCAUUUGCAUCUUAUUACCCUUCGCAUGCUGGUCCAGUAUAAAACCCUGUGCGGGGCAGGAGACCCAUCAGACACACGCACUGUUACGCUGAAAGAAGCAGAGAGAGAGAGACAGAGAGAGACAGAGAGAGAGACGGAGAUUUGUUUUCAGCUCAUCAUUGUCAAUCAAGUGGAAAAAUAAACAAGGCCGUCGAGAGCUGCGUCCUUCUCCUGCACAGACUUACUGGAAUUAACCCUCUGAUAUUUCCACCGGGGAUUUCAUUCACACUUCUCCAAGGGGAUCACUCUGCUGAGGAUUACUUUACACUGUAAAACUUUUGUGUUUCGUGCUGUCAUAACUCGUGCCUCAUAUGGGAAAGUAGGGAGGCGGAAAACAGCCGCACCAAAGGAAAAGUUCCUCUUCAUCUCGACUCCCUGCGCGUAAAGACUCCAUCUCGUCUGCGAAGUAACGGAAAGCUUUGUAAAACUUUCUCCAUGAUUGUUUGAGUCGUGCUGCUCGGACCCGCGGCGCUUUCACUGCCUGUCAACACAAUGGGAAGCCUGUGUCUGCUCCUGGCUGUCACCCUGUCUCUGCUCACCUGCCAGGUUUCGGGCUCCGGGGUGUUUGAGCUCAAGCUGCGGGAGUUUCUAAACAAGAAGGGGACAGCGGGCAAUGGCAACUGCUGCCUGGGAGGCUCCGCGCACCCGCAGGGCCAGCAGCAGUGCGAAUGCAAGACCUUCUUCCGCAUCUGCCUCAAGCACUACCAGGCCAACGUGUCGCCGGAGCCGCCGUGCACCUACGGCGGCGCCGUGACUCCCGUCCUCGGCUCCAACUCUUUCCAGGUGCCCGAGACGAACGCGGACAGCUUCACCAACCCCGUCCGCUUCCCCUUCGGCUUCACAUGGCCGGGGACGUUUUCGCUGAUCAUUGAAGCUCUGCACACUGACUCCCUGGACGACCUGACAACAGACAAUCCAGAGCGUCUGAUCAGCAGGAUCACCACGCAGCGUCACCUCUCCGUGGGAGAGGAAUGGUCCAAGGACAUGCAGACGUCCGGCAGGACGGAGCUGCGUUACUCCUACCGCUUCCUGUGCGACGAGUACUACUACGGCGACGGCUGCUCCGUCUUCUGCCGGCCUCGCGACGACGCCUUCGGACACUUCACCUGCGGCGAGCGCGGGGAGAUCAUAUGCAACUCGGGCUGGAAGGGCCAGUACUGCACUGAACCGAUUUGUCUUCCUGGCUGUGACGAGGAACACGGCUUCUGUGACAAACCCGGGGAGUGCAAGUGUCGCGUGGGCUUCAGCGGGCGCUACUGCGACGACUGCAUCCGUUACCCGGGCUGCCUCCAUGGCACCUGUCAACAGCCCUGGCAGUGCAACUGUCAGGAGGGAUGGGGCGGCCUGUUCUGCAACCAGGACCUCAACUACUGCACGCACCACAAGCCCUGUCUGAACGGAGCCACCUGCACCAACACCGGCCAGGGCAGCUACACCUGCUCCUGCCUCCCCGGGUUCGCCGGGGCCAGCUGCGAGACCCCGGUCGACAAAUGCUCAGGAAACCCGUGCAGCAACGGCGGCAGCUGCACUGACAGCGACAAGGGCUACGCGUGCUCCUGUCCGCCCGGCUUCUACGGCAACAACUGCGAGCUGAGCGCUAACACGUGCGCGGACGGACCCUGCCUCAACGCCGGGCGCUGCGCGGACGACCCCGAAGGAGGCUACUUCUGCCAGUGCCCGGUGGGCUACGCCGGCUUCAACUGCGAGAAGAAAAUCGACCACUGCUCCUCCGACCCCUGCCUGAACGGUGCAGAAUGCGUGGACCUGGUCAACGCCUACCUCUGUCAGUGUGCGGAGGGGUUCUCCGGUCCCAACUGCGAGAGCAGCAGCAGCAGCAGCAGCAUCUCCGGGUUCUGUCUGUCCGUCCCCUGUCAGAACGGUGGGACGUGCCAGGAGGGAGUGAACGGCUACACCUGUACCUGUCCUCCAGGCUACACUGGGAAAAACUGCAGCUCCCCGAUCAGCCGCUGCUCUCACAACCCCUGCCACAACGGCGCCACCUGCCAUGAGCGCGGAGGCCGCUACGUGUGCGCCUGCGUGCCCGGCUACGGCGGCCACAACUGCCAGUUCCUCCUGCCGGAGGCGCCGGUGGUGGACGACCCGGUGCCGAGGUACUCCCCCUCAGAGAGCGGGGACGCGCGGGCCGGGGAGGAGGACGACGGCGGGUUCCCGUGGACGGCCGUGUGCGCCGGCGUCUUCCUCGUCCUCGUGGUCCUGAUCAGCUGCUCGGUGCUGGUGGUCUACGUGCGGGUCAAGCUGCAGGAGCGUCACGGUCGCCGCAGCGACAGCAUCCACAGCGACAGCCGCGAGACCAUGAACAACGUGACCACCACCAACAACUGCCUGCGCGGCGACAAGGAAGUGGGCGCCGUGAUGGCGACGUCGGUCAAAAACACCAACAAGAAGGUGGACUACCACUCGGACCUGGCCGGGUCGCUGGGCGGUCUGAGCGGCAUCAGCGGACUCACCGGGUCGGAGAAGAACGGCUUUAAGACCCGCUACCCCAGCGUGGAGUACAACCUGGUCCACGAGCUCAGGCCCGAGGAGCUGUCUCUGUGCAAAGAGGAGGAGCGCGACGAGCCGGAGGUCAAGGGAGACAUGAUGGAGGAGUGUGACUCCGAGGAACGAUACAGGAAAAGACAAAACAGCGAAGCGUCGGAAAUGAAAAAAGUGUCCGAGUCGCCGUGCUGCAGCGAGUACCAGUCGACCAGCGAUCUGAACGCCCACGCAUCGGCUGACCUCAAAUACCAGGCGGCCGGUGACGCCGAGUACCCCAGCGACGGCCGGUACCAGAGUCCCGCCGACACCAAAUACCAGUCGGUCUACGUCAUAUCAGAGCAGAAAGACGAAUGCAUCAUCGCUACCGAGGUAUGAUACUUUUAGGACAGGACCGGUUUCCUCUGGUUGACCCUGGUCCUCGCCAGCCCUGAGCAGUAGAGCUCAGCUUGUCUCCGGGAGGUUUUACUCCUGCUGUUUGCUGCUGUUCCCUGGGAUUUACCGGAGGACUCUGAGCCACGGUGCUGCCGAGCCAGCGCAGAGUCGGCGCCAGGACUCGGGCCAGUACUUCACGUGAAUACAGGACAUUUUCCACCCUCCAUGGAUUUAGCUCCGGUGCCGGGAGGCGCCAGCGUGGUGCCGGGCACUCGUAUGAACCUUGUACAGAAACAGCUCUGAACGAGCGCUAGCGCUAACGCUAACAGGGACCUGCCGCGGUGCCGGACGGGCUACUGCCAGAACCCGGAUGAACUCUUCCCCAAUCAGAGGGGAACUGACUUGGAUGUUACGUUGACCCAUGAUAUUGUAGUACCGUGAUGUACUCACUGAAUGAACAGAGUAGUACCUUUGGCGUACUGAGAACUUCUUAAGUACUGUUGUAGUACUGUUAUGUGCUGUGGUUUUUGUUGUGGAUUUUGGACAGUUCGGGUUCUGUGCAGUGCUGCAGAGUAGAGGCUGGUGCUGUCCCCAGUCCCUCUGCUGCAUUAGUCAAGCAGCUGCUGCUGUUGUGCCUUAAUGUCCAAGGAUUCCUUGAGAAAUCCCAGUUGAGGGACAAGCGGACUUCUCUGCAGCACUGACACAGACAGCGUUGGCUGAGCUGGUUCUCAGCAGAGGAAUCAAGAACUGAAGACUCCAGUAGUGACUGCAGAUUGAUCCAGCAUGGAUCCAGUUGGGCCAUACUGGCCUCCGACCCCUGAAGGCUAUGAUACACAGGGCAAUGUUUCAGGCAGGUCAACGUAGGGAACACUUCCAGCAUUAGAAGACGAAGCCAAGGCGAAGUGAAUGGAAUCAGAGGAAACGCGAGGAGACGUUUGGUCCGAAGCGGGUGCUCCUCAGCACAGCAGCAGGUUUACCGACUAAACGAACGGUCCCAACGUCCGACUACGCUGCUGAGUUUCCAUAUAAGCCGAGCUGUGACGGACGGGUCUUACCUGCCAAGGCCUCAUUGCACUAUGGAGGUGUGUGUGUGUGUACACGGGUGCACCUUCACACCCAGUCUUCCACUAUUAGCCACCUGAAGGACACGUCACCUGCCUGCCACUGGUUAGGACCAUUCCUUUUUAUUUUAUUUGUUAUCUAAAGAAAGAUGUAUUCCUUUAAUUUAAUUAUGUAAUUAUUUGUGUUCCAUUUGGUUGUGAUUCUUUUGUUAAACCUGUUAUAAUUUAAGUUGGAUGUUUUUUUUAUUGGGCAGAUAAUGUAUGUAUGUAUGUAUGCAUGUAUGUGUUAGGCACUUGAGACCACUGUGACUGUGUUGUAUUUAAGAGAAGAGUCGUAUGUACAGAGUCUGUUGUAUUCAUUUACUGGAAAACUGCGCAAUAUUUUUCCAUAAUAAAAGAGGAAUGAAUAUAGAACAUCUGGA